CAAAUGACUCGUUCAAGGUCCUAUCGAGGAACAAGAAUCUCUAUCAUCGAAGCCCAGCUCUUUCACGCCUGUGAACAACUUCCUGUGGACAUUUGUGUCCAGGUGUUCCUAAUAAAUAGACGGGGUUUCGAUUUCAUUUCGGACGUGUGAUCAUGAUGGAGGCCACCUCGGCCAACUUUGAAGAUCUGGUAUUUGUUGACCCCCUUUCAGUGGGGCGGACCAAUGGGACCCUUAAAACGGAACUUUCGUCUUUUUCAUCCACCAUUUCCCCUGAGGAUGCUCGAUCCUCUCAAAUUAUUUCACUCCAAGCAGCCAGUAUCUUUUGGUUUGAAGGGGUGUGGGUACCGAUUAUCGGAUCAAUUGGCAUCAUUGGCAACGUGCUUUCCAUUCUGGUCUUGACGAAGCGAGACCUGGACUUAAAGUCGAGCUUUGUAAACCUUCUCAUUACGUUGUGCGUCUUCGACAUCUUCUUUAUUGUGGCAGUGAAUCUAUUCUAUUCGCUACCCAUUCACAGCAGGUUCUACGAGGUCGAGAUCCUCCCUUACAUGACACCCCUUCUGCUCCCCUUGAUCCACAUUGUUCUCACUGGAUCGGUGUAUAGCGUGGUGGCCGUGGCCGUGGAACGUUACUUUAUCAUCUGCAACCCGUUCAACAUUGUCAAUCAAGGUCGUGGUUUCAGGUACAUCAUCCUGAUUGUGAUCUUCUCCACCCUGUACAACCUGAACAAGUUCUUCGAAGUCACCGUCGGCUACGCCACAGUGACUCGUGAGUAUUGGAACGUCACCUCACAAUCCAUUCAAGAGGAGAAUGUGACGCAAGCCAAGGUGGUGGUGACGAGUAUCCGAGGCAAUGCCGAAUACACAAAGAUCGUUAUCAUCUUGAAUUUCAUUGUCAUGGUGGUGAUCCCAUUGAUGGUGCUGUCCAUUUGCCACAUUUUCACCUUCAAGGCCAUCCACAAGACCACCCAUUUUCAUAACGCCAUCUCCAGCCACCAGAGAAGAGACAACGCGAUGGCGAUGCUCUUCUUCUUCAUCAUCUUGUGCUUCGUGAUCUGUCAUUCGGGAAAGUUCACAUUGAACUUUUUCGAGAUGUCCCGAAUCGCUACUCAAGAGAAGGACAAAGAAUGGCCACUUUGGGCCUUCAUCCUGGCCAGGAUCAACCACCUGAUGUUGGUGAUCAACUCAUCCGUCAAUUUCUUCAUCUACUGCUUCCGAGACGCUCGAUUCCGGACGGCUUUAUUCUCUCUAUUGGGAUUGAAGUCUUGCCACUCAUUGCUCGCUUCUGAAGAGCCUAUUGACCACACUUGUAUUCCGGGUAGUAUUAGGAGAUCCAGACGGAGCCACAACAACAACUACAGCACCAAUAAUGGAAAUCCCUGUAAUGGUCAGAGUGUGAGGGAGAUUCAAGACAGUGGCGAGGAUGUCGAGUUAAAUACGGUGACGAUCAACACCGUGGUGUGUGGGAUUAACGCUGAACCUCAUCCGGUAUGAAUUCUCGAGGAUCCAUUUGGCCACGAACGCUCACCAGAGAAUAUACGUUGCUUGAGGAUGUUACGUAUUUGGUGUCCACUAAUCUCUCUCUAUGUAACCAUAACCAUGUUGUCGUAAAUGUUGGAAUCCAAGUGGCGCAGAGUGAUGCUAUGUCACUGAAUAAUGUAGCUCGUCGAAUUGCUUCUGUGGUCAAUGUCUCAACUGAGGGUUGUAAUCAGAGUUCCAGUGAAUGGUUUUCCUAGUUCGAAACACUGUACACUACUCUGCAACUGUCACCACUCACAAUUGGCGUACCUUAACUAAUAUUACUACUAUGUGUUGCAUGUGACACAAAUGAAAUACCUGCUCAAGCUUACUACGUAAUUAUGUAAUCUGGUCUUGGCCAACGUAUCAAGUGCGUACUUGGAGACAUAAUAAAAUUCAU